AUGGAGCGCAUAAGCAAGGUCUUCAAGCCGAAGGUGUCGGGUGCAUGGCACUUGCACGAAGACCUGAACCUGGGAUCCUUCGUCGGCUUUUCCUCAGCCUCCGCACUCAUGGAGCUCUCGCGCGGCACGAGCUACUCGGCUUCCAACGCCUACUUGGACGGCCUAGGCCUCUGGAGGCAGAAGGCUGUCUUGCCCUUCUUCAGCGUCCAGUGGGGCUCAGUGGCAGAGGUCGGCAUGGCCAGCAAGGAUCAUUCUGGGCAAGCCGACUCGGCUUUGCGGCAGCUGCCGCCCGGCCACGUCCAGGCGACUUUCGGGCCGGCCAUUGUGGGAAACAGCAACCGCGAAUGGCCUUUGCCGUCGCUGUGUUUUGCACAGGUGGAGUGGGGCCGUUUCCUGCGUGAGCUCGGGGCGGAGAUUGCCAUCCUCGAGGAGUUUGCCGGCGAAGAGGAAACCGCUAUCGCGACCGGCACGGCCACCGCUGCCCUCCCGGCGGCUGUCCGUGGCCUGGGCCCCGAACAGCUCGAGGCCAAGCGUGGCCAGGUCGUCCAGCGCAUCGCUCUGGGAAUCUUGGGCGUUGACGAGCUCACUGCAGAUGAUCCGCUCAUGGAGGAGCUGCAGGGCCUGAAGCUUCCGAGCACGCAGAUGUUCGACCACCCCACGACGAAAGCCAUCGCUGCUUUCGCCACCGAGCAGCUCGCGGCUAUGGCGGCAGCACCGCCACCGCUCCCCGCCACCGCAGCGCCGAUGGAGUUGGAGAUCUCCUUCCCAAGAGACUUCGAUAGCUUGAGCUUCGCGCAGAAGGAGGAGUUCAAGGCCCAGGCACUCAAGGAGAUCCUCGAGAGGAGGGAGACAGCCGUCAUUUUGUGGGCCGUGUCCUCCUACGAUGAGAUGCACGGAAAGCUCCUCCAAAGGCUGCUGCCAAGGUACCAGGGCCAGCCGAAACGUCUACGAGAGCUGUGCGAGCAGUGCCCUGGGCUGCGUGUUAUAAGGAUCCCGACAGUCCGAAUACCGGGAAGAUCUUCUUGGUGA